GAACGAGAGUCAGAGAUAGUAUAAGGUAAGAGAGAGGACGAGAGCAAGGUGAGUGAGGAAAAACUAUAGAGAGAGAGAGUGAGAAAAUAAACAGAGGGAAGACAUAGAGAGAGGAGCGAAGGUAGGUAGAGAAGGAAAGACACUACAGAGACGGAGAGACACAUGAAGGAGGGAGAGACAGAGACACUGACAGAGAGAGGAGACAAGCGAAGACACCACCAGCCAUCAGGGAGAGGAGGGACAGACCUGUAAAGAGAGGAGACAGAGCAGGGAGAGGAGAGGUAGACAGACAGGAGAAGAUUGAGGAAAUAGUAUUCAGUAGAGAGAGGAAGGCACAGACUGAGCAGUAGCCCCGCACUCCACCUCUCUGACACUUUGGGUCCAUUUCGAAGACAUCAGAUCUCUCGCCCAAGCGCCCAUUAUUGAGUUGCAAAACUUGACUGUGAUUCAUGGUCAUUUAGUUGUGGGAGUUUUGCAGCUCGUAAACUGAUGUCAAUCAACCAACGCAAAGUCCACAUGGGUAUCUCCAGCAGAGAGAUUGUCACACUCUGAGUGCUGCCCAUCUGAGAUCACCAAACUCGACGCAGACCUGUUGACCAGACUUGGGAUCUUCCUGGUUUAUAGAUCAGCCACUCAUUGGAAAGACUGGCUGAGCCACCAGAGAAAAUAAAGAACUUACAAAACACUUCACAAAAGAAAAUAAAGACCUUGCAAAACAAUUCAAAGGAAACCUCACACUGAUAUGAAUGAAUGAAUCUUUUUACCACUUGAUUAGACUUCAAAAAUGCUGCCUUCUAAAAGUGUAAUGGUUUAUUCGUCUGACAUUCCAUCUGAGAUCUCGAAUCUUGAUGAACUGACCAUUUCGAGUAAGAAGAGCACUUCAUCUCACGGUGAAAAGAAUGGCUACCCUGAUUACAUCUAUGUUACAGCAGCUAAAAUAUUUCAGAACAUUCAUGCAGAAAAAGAAUAUGAUAGACAACUUGUAAACUAUGGGACGGAUCAAAGUUUAACUGUGCCAGAAAUCAAAGAUGAGAGAGCGCAACGCUGGGUGUACGAGCUGGCCUUUAGCACCCUGAAGUAUCAAGAACUCUUAGAAGAAAUAUUGGUGAACAGUUGUUUUUAUCCAUCUCAGUCAAUUUCCACUGAUCUGACUGGUCUGGUGAUGGUUAUGUUAUAUGAUUUUCAAAAUCGGAAAUUCCAGCCACGCAGCGUCUGUGAAGCAGAUGAUGUAAUAGCUGAUGUUAGAGAUAUAGAACAGCAUCUUCAUAAAUUUAAAACUAAGAUUGCUGCUGCACUAGCUCGAUGUCGGAUUAAGAAUGAUGCAAUCUCCAUUGACUUAAUUCUUCCUGAAGCUGUGAGAAACCAGGAAAAACGAGCUUCUACUUUGCCACUUUACGCCUGGGUAAAUGCAUUAAAGAUCAGCCUUGAAGAUGUGAUGAAUAUACUGGAGCUGGAAGGCUUUCCAAAGGUAAAGUCUGUCAGCGAAUUUCAGGGGCAAUCUUUUUGUCAGGAUCGACACUGCCAGGACCUACUACUUUUCCCUUCUCAGAUAAAAUGUAUGCUCUAUGACCUGCAACUUUUUACCAGUUACAAGCUAGUAAUCCAGGAUAAAACUCGGAGUCUCGCACCACACUCAGUGAAGGCCUUGAUGAAUAUGGAUGAUGAUAUCGUAGUUACUAAUGCAUGUUCACGGCUGACUGUUGCCCAUAUGUCUGUUCUGACUGAUCAGAACUCAUCCAAGGUCUAUGUUUGUGGGGUGAAGGCUGAAUUGCAACAAACUGAACUGAGGAGGCUAUUUGAAGAAAUGGGCUGUAAAAACGUAAAGCUGAUACCUCAGAACUUCACUGACAUUGAGCCUACAGAUCCCCGAUUACAGAAGGUUAAAGUUAUUCUGCUUGUGCCCCAGUGUUCAGCGUCUGGCGUCAGCAACCCAGUGGAUUUUAUCUUAAAUGAGCAUGGAGAUACUGGUUUGCUACAGGAUCUUUCUCAGGGAACAGUGUCAGAAGAGAAGCUCAAUGUGCUGGUAAAGAGACAAGCUGAGGAAUUAAUGCAUGCUAUCAAAUUUCCCAAGGUCCAGGCCAUUGUGUAUUCUACAUGUUCAGUGUACCCUGAGGAAAACGAGCAAAUAGUGAAUCCAGUAUUGGGCAAGAGAAUAGAGGGAAGCAAACUGCAGCCGUACAGACUUAGUGCUCCUGUUAUUCCACUGUGUUGUGCAUCAGAAAUAACCUGUGCUGUUGAUAAAUUCUUCAAGAUUGAGCCAUCAGAACAAGUCAAUGGCUGUUUUAUUGCCGUCUUAACUAGAGAGCGAGAUUCCUCAGCAGUUGUGUCUGUAAAGGAUGUUUUGGCUCGAGCUGCAGCUAAGGGUUUGCUGGAUGGACCUGAACCAAACAAACCAAGGAAGAGAGAAGACAAGCGAAAAAAACCAAAAAGUCUCAACCAGAAGAAAGGAUCUUUCAGUGGAACUCAGUCAAGGAUUACAGAUUUCAUAAAUGAACAAAAAACAGUUGUUGCAAAUGAAAACACUGCCAUGGUCAAAUCAUACUCUGGUGAACAAACCACUGAGUUAAAUUUGGACGCACAAUCAGCCCAGCGAAUAUCUGUUCCUGCCUUACCCAGUCGCCCAAAGAAAAGUAUUACAAGCAUGACUUCAGUGAACAGAUUGUCUGAGAGGAAGGCAAAAAGAGAGAACAAAUUAGUGUUAAAGCCAGUUGAGAUGUUGCUUCCUCCAGUUACAAUACGCUACCUUGGUCCAACAGGAAGUCAUACACGUAGUUUUGGUCAAACUUUUUUUUACCAGUACAACGGACUAAUUAGUCAACCACCGUUCCCAUAUUCACGUAAUUCAUUUAUAACUUCCCUUGGUGUGAAAAGACAAAGAGAUGUAGGUUCAGCGUCAAGGAGGCAGCCCCGCCCCUGGCUAUAAAUGAAACAACAUACUGAGCCAGAAUAUUUCAUUUCAGAUUUUCUGGGUUGUUUAUAUAAAAUAUUCAAUAUAUGUUGCAGUACCUGUGGUUAGUAAUGACAUCCACAGAUUUGCUGAUAGCAAUAAAACUAUUUCAGAAAUGUAUGUGCGCAAUUUUAUCGAUUGAAAACAGGUAUCGUUAACCAAAUGCCCACCAUAUGUUGGCAGCACAAAUAUAUAUAGAUAUUAAUAUAUAUAGUGUAGAUACAAAUAUAUAUAAAAGACAUCCUAUAAUAAUUACAUUAGCAGCUGAAAUGCAGUUAAAUCGUAACCCAGAAUGAACUGUAUUUAAAUUAGCAUUUGUUUUAGCUGCUGAUAUUUGAAUUAAGGUAUACUGCAUAUACUGUGGGAAAAUGAGCCAGAAAAGAAAACAGUAAUUAUUUUCCAUUAAAUGAAUUCAGGUCCAAACCAUGUAUAAUUUCUGUCCUUUCUACAUGAAAUGUGGGAUUCAUUAUGCAUUCCAUGAGACUCUCGGACCUGAAAAUGAAGGAGGAAAGGAGUUGUGUAUAAAAUAAGUGAUUUAUAACAGAAAUGUUAUAUUUACAGGCAAGUGUAUAUGUGCAGGAAUUCCCCAACCCAAAAAAAAGAGAUGGGACUAGGGAGAAAUUCAUCCCAACUGAUUGAGAGGAGAAUGUUAAGUGUGGAAUGUACCCAUAUUCAGAAUAUAACUGCAACACCUAAAGUGAACUGAUUUAACAUCUUAACCUGUUUUACUCUACGUACUUUUAAUUAACCAAUACAGUAACAUUUCUCAGAAUGCAGUUUUCACACAUCCUCUGGAAGUGAACAGGGCCCUCUCAAGUGAAUAAGUUGGUCAUUAAAAUCUGGCACACUAAACAAAAUGGAUCUCUGUCAUUCAGUAUUUAAAGAGAGAGUGGCAUAAUAUACUCCAGAUAAUUUUUUCCCCUGUAAUCAGUGAUUCCAAUAGUUGGAUCAACUCCAGUGCAGUACGUGUUAACACCAGAAAAAACUAUAUGUUGUCUGCAUAUAAGAUUAUUUCUGUACCUGUCUUAACUCUUAACCACCUAAAAGAUUGGACAAAGAGACUAGUUCAAAAAAAGUAAGAGUGGCACUUUUUUACCCUGACAUGACUUCACCAGUGGGUUCCUGAAACUCCAUAUGGGUGGAUAAUUUGUGUAAAGGGUGAUCAUAGCAAAAACUAUCCACUUUGCAACUAAUGCAACCAUUAGUGUCUCAUCCUAGAAAUAGUUUCCUGUUUCACUUCCAUCUGGAGUUGACAGACCAGUUUUUUCCCUCCCUUCUCUACCUCCAAAUGAUUGUUUCAAGUAGCUUUUGAAGGUUUGCCUUUUGUGCACAUAACUCAAUAUUUUAGAUUUCAUUAUAAUAACACUGUGACCCAUUUUCAGAUAAACACAGGACGAAACAUUCAACCUCCAUAUGCAUGUCCAUGUGAAGGCGAGGAGGUUGAGGGAAGGAGGUUUAAGGAUGCAACCUCUAUCUAAAUAAGAACUUGUUUGAGACCAGAAUGCAGCCAAAUUGGGAUUUAAUAAUUUCUGGAACAUAACGUGUCCCUCAUUCUUUCAUCCUUUCCAGAACUAAACACUAUAAAAGUCCAGGUAUGCUUUAGUUGCCCUUUUUGCUAUGUAUCCUGUAAUAUCCUUGAAUGUCUUGAUCAACUCCAUCAAUGGGCUUCUGAGGCAGUCUGUUCCAUAUUUUCACAACUAUGUAAAUAUUUUCUUUCAAAACUGCUAUUAUCAACUUAAUUCUGAUUUUAAGGUUAUGUCUUUCUGAAUAUUUUAACUACAAUGGAGUCAUUCUCUAUUUAUUGUAAAUUGCUAGUACCUGUAGUACCUUGCUAAUUAUUUUGAACAUGUCAAUCAGAUUACACCCUACCUCCUGAUCUCCAAUAAAUAUAACUCCAGUUUACUCGGUCUCAAAUCAUAGUAUGUUCUUUCGUCCCAGAUAUCAUCUUGUCAAAUCAUUGCUGGACUUGCUCAAAGACUUGUAUCUCCUUCCCCAGGUAGGUGUCUAAAAAUGAAGACAAUAUUCCAAAUAAAGUUCAGACUAAUACAAAUCCGCAGCAAAAUUUCUUUGCUGUUAUUUAACAUUUGCCAUAAAGUUUAACAGUCCAUUUAUUCUUUUUGAUUGCUUUCUGCAUGAGUGAACCUGGCUUUGAAAAACCUGUAUACCUGGACCUCUACAUCCCUUUGUUCAUUCUAUAUCCAUUUGGGUGGUUGGACACCUUUUUUGCAUAUGAAUAUGUUUUUACACUGAAGAUUUCUGUACUUUUCAUUAGCACAAACCAUGACUGAGGUAUUUAUUUACCACAAGUGACAAGCAGAAUUCUAUUUUGUUUUCUUUAGAAAAAUGCUAGUGCUUAAGUCAGCUUUGCUUUAGUGAGUUGCACUGCAAAAAAUAAAUGUAUGUACAAUUUGAAAGCGACAAUAUAAGGUGUAGAUUUUUACAUGUGCCUCAUCACCAAACCACAACUACUUAAUUUUGUUCUGAAGAAUUCCUUUGAAGGUGGACAAAUAUAGAUCCCGGGCAAUAUCACAUUUAAAUUCCCAGUCUGUUGCUAAUGAUGUGGGGAAUAUUUUUUCAGUGCAGCGUUUGAAUUUAGUGCCACUAAAUGUGCAUGUUACAUAGCAAAUUUAACAGGUUUCUGUUUAUAAAAGUCUUUAGUAGUUUGGUGUUCUUACCUGAUUUGUUGGAAAGUCUGAGCUUGAAUAAGUCUGUUUAUUUUAUAUAUCUAUGUUAUUUGUGCACAGCAUUUAAUUU